AUUUGAGUUUUGAUCAAAAUCAUAAACAAACCUCCGUACACGAAGCCAAAACAUGCUGGCCUCAAAACAUCCAGUCUGUUAAUAGCCUUCGAUAGCGAAACACCACGUUUAAUUUGUAAAUCGUACAUAAUAAAAUAAAAAAGAAAACAAAAGGAAAUAGUUUAUUCAACAAAGAGGUUCGAUUUCCGAAAAUGUUUACCGCAACAAGCUGAUAUGGGAAGUGAAGGAAAAACGUGGAGAUGUAUCGAAACGUUAUAAUCACCGUUAUCACAGUUUUCAGUGUAGCCACUAUUCAAACGACAGAUUUCCAAGACAAUCUAAUAAAUGGGUACAGAGCCUUGAUAGCGGACAUUCAAGUCCGCACACAGAAAUCCAGAGAAGAUAUGGACACGUUGGUGUCACAGAUCAAAUUACUGAUGAAAAAUGAAGCAGAUAAAGCCAUUAACUACAUGACUGUGUACUUAGAACAAAUAUCAUUAUACUUUCAGGUAAUUAUCCAUGACAGGAAACCACGAAAUGGUACCUACUGCAAAGAAACUAUAGUUAAACUUCUCGGUGAAAACCUACAAUUGGCGGACGAGAAUGUCACGUUGUGUCUUGCUCUAGGCUACCAAAGAGUACAAAGGCUACCAGAAAAGUUACAAGUCCACUUCGAAACCUUGGAGAAUCUAAAGAAGUACUCGGCCUCAAAGCUGUUCGAAUGUCAAAAGCAGCAGCAAGUAGGAGGCAACUGCUCCCACGAAAGUCAGGACUUGGAGAGGACUGUGUUCCUUUACGAAACAUCACCAUUCCCAGUGGUAAUGGCAGAAAUUGCCAUCCAUGGCUUCAAAGAAGUGUCCGAUCUCAGCGUCUGCCUUAAGGACAUCAUAUCCCGAAUGAUGACGCAUUCGGUGAAAGUCAUCGGCGACUUCAACAGGUGCAUCCACAACAUCGAAAUGCCCAAACUCAAGUACCUUCUUAAAUUUAUGAAGAAAUACGCAUAAAAACGUUAUAAAAUCAAACUUAAACGUCUGAAAACACAAAUUCCGUGUAAUCGUUCUGAUUUAAAAAUUACAAUAUAAUGGUCAUCAAAUUAGAUUAUUUGAUUUUAUCUAAUAAAAGAAUUGUGUGCUUCACAGAUAAAAGAAUUAGGUUCAUUAUAGAGCGACAGUGUUUUUGUAAAGCCAGUGGAUUGUCAUGGAUUUUUUUUAAAGUUUUGAAUUUACGUAUGUUUCUACCUAUUUAACAACAUUAACGCAAAUACCACAAAAUAAAUAAUUACAUAAUUUAUAUAAAGAAAUGAUAGAACUUAAUCUUACUGCUACAUAGACAUUUGAUGCACUUAACAGUGCAUUUACAUUUAACAUUAAUAAAUAACCAUCAAAUAACUAGGUAAUGUUACUUGUUCGUAAAAAAUAAGUAAAAUAUGUAAUGUUACUAAAUUAACCAAAUGUAAAUAAGAGUGAUCUAAACUGGGAUUAGUUUGAAUUCGUUUAUAAUAUAUGGAUUUUAUUAUAACAUGCUUUUUAUAAUUAAAUAUUUGUAU